GAAUCAGUGGAUUAUGAUAAUCCCUGCGUAGGAUGCAAAACUGAAUGGCCUUUCGGCGACUACCUUUGUGCCUUCUUGUUUCUGUUCAGUGCAUGGAUACCAGUACUAGAAACGGUGAUAGAUACUACAGCUGUAAAAGUGUUUAUAGUUGGAUAGUGGAGGAGAUGACUGACAUGGCCUAAAUGGCAGGAGGGGGAGAUGACUUUAUCUGUAGGGUUUUGAACACUGGACAGGAUUGAAAGGAAGGCAGGCAAGGCAGAUAGGAAGAGCCUGCAUUAAUCAAGAAAGCAGAUGACCAAAGCAGUGACAAGCAUUUGGAUGAAAGAAUGAAUUAUUUUCGGUAUUGGCGUGAAAGAAUUGACAGGAUUUGGAGACGCAGCUAGGAGACAGGGAGAGCGUGGCGUUGAUUGACACUUGGGUUGCAGCCCGUAUGAUGGGGACCAUAGUCUGCAAUGAUGGUGAUUUUGAAAAGAGAUGUUAAAAAUAAUUUGUUAUCAGAAACAAAUUAAAUCAAAUGUUACCCACUCACACUGGUUUUGGGAUGGGUUAGGUUGCCUCAGCCUAGUUUUUGUGACAAAGCUGAAUGCUCAGCAGAAUGCACUUAUCUCCUCAGGGAACAAUAACACAGUGUGCUGCUCAGUACAUGCGAAUAUCGUGGUGCCCUUCGACACAAUGAAUUCAGCCGUGGAAGUAUUUGGUUUGAAUUGCUUCCAUGGCUACACAUAACUUCCAAGAAAACCAAAGCCUCCUUAUCUUACAGGUUACUAUAAGCUAUGUUGACAAACCGCAAAUAAGCAAAGGCUUCCCAAACCCUAACUGAAGCCCUAGAAACAGAAUAGUUAUUUAACAGACCAGACAAACCAGUGCAUUUGAAAGUUUUACAGUAGGCAGAUAAAAAAUUAGCAUAAAUACAAUUAGCAGGCCACACUUACAUGUACCCACAGCACUUGAUCUCCUUUUACUGUAGUGCUUUAGUGCCAGUUUAACGGAGCUAUAGCUGUUGAAAUGUGUGUCAUCUGGUUGCUGCAGAUACUUGUAUAGUUAUCUGAAGAAAAAAUAAUUGAUGGCAGUCUUCAUAUAUUUUCUUUCAUUUUUAACAGCUAAGCAUAAGAAAUGAAUUUUAAUGUUUGGAAUAUCAAAGAGAUGUUCAGCACUCCCACAGCCACUGGGCCUAACAAAUUGUCUACUCGGAGCAGCACUCUUAGUGAUUACUCCAGCUUGAGUGAUUCUCAGUUCCUUUUUGGUUCCCAGUUCUGUCCAGAGAACUCGCAGCCUGCUUCAGUACCCCAUGAGUUUGGUGCACUAUCAAGACAACCAAGAAGCUCCCAGCAGAACUCUCAGGAUAGUGAGCCUAGUAUUUUUACUAAGUACCAGACAAAACCACAGCUAUUUGGUGGAGAUGUAAAAGAAAAGGGUUCACUUAAUUUUGGUGCUGGAAAACUGAAAAGUGUUUUGGAGCAGUUUGAAAUAAAUAAGAAAAAAAUAAAGGACAAACAUAACAGUGAGGUUUUGCUCAGCUUUAUUUCCCAUGUCAGAGAGAGCCUUCAAGGGAUGCAAGCAUGCCUGGACAAGUUUGAAGAAAUUCUGAAUUCAGGAAAUAAAUCCAUUUUGGAUGGGUUGGAAGCCAUUUCUAAGACAUUACAAGACGCUGCUCAGUCCCAUUAUGGAUUGGUGCUGAAUGCUCUUGCAGACAAAAGCCAGAUGGAGCAGAUGUUACUGGAGAUGGAACAGAGACUUGCAGCUAAGGAUGUGGAGAUUUUAGACAUGAAAUCGAAUUGGCAGUUACUGAAGGAGAGUCUGGAACUAUUAACAGCUCAGCAGAAUGAGCAGCACGUGAAGCUAUGCAAGCAGUUGAGUUGUCUACAGUUCCCCAACAUCUUAACUGAACUGCAGACAUUCAUUUCCACUUCCAGAUUGCCAAGCCACAUACAGGAUAACACUUCUCAGACCUCCCCAGCUAUGUUCCAGGAUCUCUUUCUGAGCCAGGAGAAAACAUGCCAGCAGUGCUAUCAAACCACGAGGGUUUGCAGGAUAGCUUCCUUUCAGACUCAGCCGCACACCAUGACAAUGCUGAACCAGCCUGACCACUCCAACAGGGAAAUAGCUGGAGAUGAUACAUACAGGAGUGAUUCAAACACAGGAUCUGGAAGAAAGGUUGGUCCCAUUACUGCAGCUUUACAAGACAAAGAAAAUGUGACUAUUCAAGAGUCAAAGUCUGCUUUAGAAAUGCAUGCCUAUGCUAACAAACCACCUUGUGUCUGCUGCUGCAGCACUGGCAUUUCAAGGGCUAGUCACCAGAAACACCAGCUGCUUCCCCAAGAAAAAUCUUGUGCCACACCACUGAGGAAGACAGGCAGGAAAGAAUUUAAGAGAACCAAAGCUGUGACUCGUGCACAAGAGAAUCAGAGCCACAUUUGCUUCAGUCCCAUACAAAACUACAUGGCUGAACAAACAGACGAGGCCACAGGCCACGUCAUGAUGCAAAAGACAUCGCUAGGAAAUAGGCUGAAAAAGGAGAAGUCAAAACAAAACCACCGGAGCAAAGUAACAGUGUGGAAAAGAAUGUAUUUUAGUAAGAAAAAAGGAGAAUUUUCCAAGUGUCCUGACAAUGGACUGAAGAAAAAAAUGACAAAUGGCGGCAUGGAGCGGAAGGACUCUGGAAAAAAUGGCAAGUCCCAAGAUACAGUUACUCUUCAGUCAGAGAACUCUGCUGAGGGGUCCUCAGCUCCCAGCCAACAAAAGCUAAGCAGGGCCACACAUAGGAAGAGUGAGGAUUCUUUGCCAGUGCUACAUCCCCGUGAAAACAUGGAACUGCCUGCAGCCAGGAGAAAGGGGAUGCUGGAAAGCAAGAACGGCAUGGGCAUUUUCAGUGCCAGCAGGAAUCCAUCUUUGUGGGAUUCCUCCUCCCAAGAAAGUUCAUUUUCACUGUAUAACUUGAAAGAUGAAAAGCAGAGGAGCUUGUUCAGUCUCCCAAGCUCCACAGGUUCUGCCAAGUCCUGUCUUUCCGUUUCACCAGUCCAGCAAAAGACUAUGACAUUUUGCUCCUUAGCUUUUGAUAGUGAUUAUUCCGACUGACAUGUUCCAGUUGAUUUUCCAGGUGUGUUAUGCAAGUGUAGCUAUUUCAAUCACAAUUUAUUCUUCAGGUCUGUUGUCAUUUUAAUUCCUUGAUUUAUUUGACUCUGGGUGUUGCACAUAACUGUGCAAACUGCACUGUGGGGCUGUAUGUGAAGCAAUGAGUUUUUUUCAUGAACAUGGCAGCCUUCUGGCAGUAGGCAAAAAGCAGUCAUGCCUAAUUUGCUUUAAAAUGUUAUUGCCAAGUUUUGUGUGUAGAAGGGAUCAUACACUGCUUAUUCUGCUGAAAAUGAGGUCUGAGGGAAGGAUUUCUUUUGGCCUGAGAAGGCGGAUGUGCUCAUUAUUAUUUCAUCUCUCUGCUCUUAGCAGAAAUACUAUUGUUUUCUAAUAGUUGUCAUUCAUCUUUAACAGAAGAAGAUAUGUAGGUGCUUGCCUAGAUUGUUGUUAGAGAGAGCAGUGCCAGCAGGGCACAGGAGCACAUCUAAGUCUGUUAUAAUAUUUAAAUCUAUUUGAAACUUUUAAAUUAAAUAUAUAUGCAGUAAGAUGUCUGCAGCCUGGGGCUUUACUGUUAUUUUUGUACCAGUUUCUGUGGCUCACAGUUCAGAUCUUUGGCCUAUUUAAGUUAAUGGGCAUUUUAUGAUUGAUUUCAACAGUGUUAAGAUUUGGCACAAGGCUUCUUGCAUCACUGUGGGUAAAUGCCCAUUGUGUGAGAAAAACAGAACCCUAACAUCUUGUUACAUUCACCAGCUCCAGCAUUUCUUUUCCUUUCAGGCAGUUUUUUCUGGUCAUGUUACUGAAUUUCAGCCUUAUUUGUCUCAUCUGUAUCUCUUAGCUAAUCAAGAACUUCACCCUACAGGUUUCUAGUGUGUUAACAUCUCAACAAAAAGCCUAAAAAGGUGGCACCUAUAAUCAUACAAGAUGCAAAAGAAAAAUCAUUUAUGUCUUGUAAUCUUCUUUUAAAACUCUAAGUAUUUCUAAUUAACAGGACUGUAAAAUGUGUAGCUCAAAGGUCAGAAGGUAUCAAUGUGAUCAUCUAUUGUUAUGAAUACAAAUGGAUUAAUAUUGCUAUCCCAAAAUAAAAGACCUUCCUUAUCUUU